UUCCUCCUCCAUUAUCUACACCAAUUAUCUCAUCUUUUCCCAAACAUUCUCCUCUCAACUUUAUAUUUCCCAAAAUUUGUCUUUCCACUCCCUCCAAACUCCACACUACAGCCAUGAACUCUGCAGAGAGAUUACACAUCUGCAUACUAUUCUUCUUCUUCCUCUUCUUCCCAUUCUCCUCUGUUAACUGCACCAGUUCUAACAGUCUAACUGUGCCCAACAAUGGCUACAUGGAUUGGGUUAAGCACAUUGGUUCUAGGAACCAUUCUGUGUUCCAGCAAGCAGAGAACAAACUCCAGCCCUGCAAGACCAUUAAGGUGAACAAAAACCCAAAACUGGGUGAUUUUACUACUGUCCAAGCCGCCAUUGAUUCAAUCCCAACAGUUAAUCUCUGUCGGGUCGUUAUUUCAGUUGGUCGUGGCACUUACAGGGAGAAGAUUGAGAUCCCAGGCACUAAAGGAUAUAUCACUUUGCAAGGAGAGUGUAGAAAAAAGACAAUUAUUCAGUGGAACGACACAGCUGACCGAAUUGGGAAGAAUGGUUUGCCUUUGGGCACUUAUGGGUCUGCAACUUUUGCUGUCAAUUCUCCUUAUUUCAUAGCCAAAAACAUCACCUUCAAGAAUAAAGCGCCGACGCCGCCGUCGGGGGCGCUGGGGAAGCAAGCGGUGGCGAUGAGAAUCUCGGCGGACACGGCGGCGUUCAUUAACUGCAAGUUCGUUGGGGCACAAGACACACUUUACGACUACCGAGGAAGACAUUACUUCAAGAACUGCUACAUUCAAGGGUCCGUGGACUUCAUAUUUGGGGAUGGGCUUUCCUUGUACGAGAAUUGCCAUUUGCAUGCGAAGACCAACACGUAUGGUGCGUUGACAGCCCAGAAAAGAGAGAGCUUCUUGGAGGAGACAGGCUUCUCUUUUGUGAACUGCAAAGUCACAGGCUCUGCAGGUGCACUUUACUUGGGCAGGGCCUGGGGGUCUUUCUCUAGGGUGGUGUUUGCCUACACUUAUAUGGAUAAGAUCAUUACCCCUCCCGGAUGGUACAACUGGGGAGAUAAGCACAGGGAAAUGACGGUGUUCUACGGGCAAUUCAAGUGUUCGGGGCCGGGGGCGGGGCACGGAGGAAGGGUGCGGUGGGCGAGAGAGCUGACGGAAGAGGAGGCAAGACCGUUCAUCUCUCUUAGCUUCAUUGAUGGCGAUGAAUGGGUGAAGAAUUUGUGAACAUUGGGUACCUGCCACGCCAGGCCUGCAGCUUCGAGAAUCAUGUGACAACAUUCAAUUCUUGUUUGUUUUGACAUUGUUAUUAUUCCUGGAAUAUAAAUUUUGUUGUUUUAUCUGUAUUCUUGUUUUUUUAAAAAAGGUGAAAAUGUCAUUUAUUCUGUUAAGUUUAUGGUCCAA